UAUUAUAGUUUUGAAACCCACAGAAGCUAAGGCAAAUUAAGAAGCUUAGAGCCUAGGCAUGGGAGAGUCGGGGAAGAUGGGAAAGAGUCAGGUUCUUAUUGUGGGUGGGACGGGGUACAUUGGGAGGAGAAUAGUGAAGGCCAGUUUAGCCCAAGGCCACACAACGCACGUGCUGUUGCGCCCCCAAAUUGGGCUCGACAUCGACAAGCUCCAAAUGUUGUUGUCGUUUAAGGAGCAAGGGGCGAGGUUGGUGGAGGCGUCGUUUGACGACCACCAGAGCCUAGUGGACGCGGUGAAGGAAGUGGACGUGGUUAUAUGCACCAUGUCGGGAGUGCAUUUCCGCAGCCACAACAUUCUCCUGCAGCGAAAGCUUGUUGAUGCUAUCAAAGAAGCCGGCAAUAUCAAGCGUUUCCUUCCUUCGGAAUUCGGCAUGGAUCCAGCAAGAAUGGGGCAUGCACUUGAACCAGGAAGGGUUACAUUUGAUGAGAAAAUGGAGAUCAGAAAGGCAAUAGAAGAAGCCAAUAUUCCCUACACUUACAUUUCUGCUAAUUGCUUUGCUGGCUAUUUUUGUCCCAACCUCUCUCAACUUGGCACCCUCCUUCCUCCAAAACACAAAGUUUGCAUCUAUGGAGAUGGCAAUGCCAAAGUGGCAUACAUGGAUGAAGAUGAUGUGGCAACAUACACAAUCAAGACUAUUGAUGAUCCCCGGGCCUUAAACAAGACAAUAUACCUAAGGCCACAAGAAAACAUCCUUACUCAAAGGGAGUUGGUAGCUACAUGGGAAAAACUCACAGGAAAGCAGCUGGAGAAAAUCACCAUUUCUGCCGAUGAAUUCUUGGCUUCCAUGAAAGAUAUGGACUAUGCUGGUCAAGUAGGAGUGGGACAUUUCUACCACAUUUUCUAUGAGGGUUGUUUAACCAACUUUGACAUUGGAGAGGAUGCAGAAGAAGCUUCUCAACUAUAUCCUGAAGUUCAGUAUACUCGCAUGCAUGAAUACUUGAAAUGCUAUCUCUAGCUAUAAUAAUGUUCAUCACUUAUUCUCUGUAAUAUAUGUUUGCUCCAAAAGUAAACUAUAUAUUCUUGUAUCACUAUGUGCAUUCAUAAAAACUAAACUGAUGUGUGACCUUCAUCAUAAGUGUUGAAUUUAUUGAUUUGUUUAAUUUUUA